UCUAAGCAUAUGUUACCCUACAGUCAUGAAUAACAACACUAGCGCAAGCGAAGAUGUUAUCCUCAACGAGAAUGGAGAUGUGUACAAUCCCAUUGAUCUAAACGGCCUAAUGAUCUCAAAAUGCAUUUGCUGUUGCAUCGGAAUACCUCUGAACGCAUCCAUCGCCGUUGCACUAAUCGGCAAUCAUCAGCUCCGUACGAAACCGCGCAUCGUCUUCUUGCUGGGCAUCAUUUUUUCGUACAUGUCAUUUUUUGUCGUUGCUAUUAUCGAACUGAUUUAUUGGUGUCUCUAUCCCGUUGAAUCGGUUUGUCAGGCUUACGUUGUCUGUUCUGCUCUUCCGCAAGCUCUCUUGCUAUUGAAUCUGUUGCUCGCUCUGGGCGACCGAUAUGUCGCCAUCAAACAUCCGUUGUUUCAUCGCAGGAAGAUGACAGAGCGUCUGGCUUGUGGCAUAGUCAUUUUCAGCUCGUUGCUUACUGGUUUUGUUCAGAACUUUGCCUACCUCGCCGGAUUGAGAACCUUGCGCUGCGAGGUGUGGCUCGUCCGUGUCAAAUUGGUUACGAUAACCACAUCUCUAUUAUACUUCGCCUGUACUAUUUUCAAUUUCGUCGUCUAUCGAGAGACGAAGAACCUGCUCUGUGAAUAUCGAACAAUCUGCUCAUCUCGUAACGCUCCACUGGACACCACCGGCAAAGGGAAGGUAGGAGCAUCAAACCGUCAAUCCACCCGGACAAUGUCUGUUCACGUGGAUAAAAGGAAACUAAGUCGAAUCAUAAUGCAAGCCACUCGCACUUUAGUUAUCGGAGUUACCUCUCUGGCUGUCACGUCUUGUCCUAGUAUCGUCAUUUCAUGCGUUUUCCUUAGCUGUCGAUCCAUUGUUGAUGAACGCCAGUGUCGUUUUCUCAAUUGGAUGGCACCUUAUUUUCAGGAAUUAGGCUUGAUUUCCGCUGUGUAUAGCCCGAUCAUAUUCAUUGUGAGGCAGAGAGAGCUGAGAUUAGCGUUGACCUGUGCUAGGGACAACCGAAAAUUCUAGUAAUCCUCUCAAUCGUGUUUUUUGUAAAGCUAAAAUUACCUCUUAGUAAGAUAGUUAAUGUCUUGUAAGAAGAUCAAUGGUUCAUCUCACUUUGUUGUCGGUUGUACAAAGGCAUAAGGCUCGUUUUGUGACCUAUUCUUCUAUGACAAUACACAGUUCUUUCCAGUC